GACAAGCGAGCUGCUGUCUGGAGCUCCAGGUCAACCCAGUGGCCCUCGGCAGGGAAUCCAUGCUGUUCAGGCAGGCCCAGCGCCCGCUGGGCUGGGGGCUCCAGCGAUCCCAGGCCUGGGGGUCCCGGAGAAACAUCCAGCAGAGGAGCUCGCCCCAGCAGGCUGACAUUCCCUUUGCCAGAGCCCGCAUUGGCACGUUCUUCCAGGGGCAGCCCCGCCUCGGUAACCAGUACCUGGAGGACGCUUUGCUGAGGGGCUAUCUGAAGAGGCAGCUGCCCACCCAGGUGUUUGCAGCAGUGAACCAGGACCUGCAGAGGUUUGGAGCCCGCGUGUCAGAUGAGAUCCUCUCCCUGGGGCAAGAAUGUGAAACAAAGCCCCCCAGACUGAAGCCGUUUGACGGGUGGGGUCAGCGCGUGGACCUCGUCCUCACCUGCUCUGCUUGGAAGAAGCUGAAAGAGAUUUCGGCUGAGGAGGGGUUAAUCGCCAUAGGCUACGAGAGGAAAUACUUCGGCUGGAGCCGCGUGUACCAGAUGGCCAAGCUGUUCCUGUUCUCCCCCUCUUCUGGAAUGUUCCUUUGCCCCCUGGCCAUGGCUGAUGGUGCUGCUAAGGUCCUGGAGGUGAUGAAGCCCUCAGGGGCAGCCGGGGAAGCUUUCGGUCAUCUGACUUCACGAGACCCAAAGCACUUCUGGACCUCUGGCCAGUGGAUGACCGAACGGAAGGGAGGCUCUGACGUGGCCCACGGCACCGAGACGGUGGCCCUCAAGCAGGAAGAUGGCACGUACAAACUCUUCGGACUGAAGUGGUUCACAUCAUCGACAGACGCUGACAUGACGUUGGCCCUUGCCCGGAUCAGGGACGCCCAAGGAUCCGUCACCAAGGGGACCCAGGGGCUGUCCCUCUUCUUCCUGAAGUCACAAGACGAGCAGGGACGGCCGAACAGCCUGGAGGUGCAACGUCUGAAAGAAAAGCUGGGCACCCACCAGCUGGCCACUGCUGAAGUGCUGCUGGACGGGGCCCGGGCACACCUGAUCUCCCAGGAGGGCCGGGGAGUGGCCACCAUCGCUGACAUGCUGACCGUCACCCGGAUAUACAAUGCCAUAUGUGCCGUGGGCUUCAUGAGGAGGGUGGUCACCAUGGCCCGAGAGUAUGCCACCCAGAGGUUUGCGUUUGGAAAGUUCAUCAAAGACCACCCACUGCACACCCAGACACUGGCCCGGAUGGAGGUGCAGACUCGGGGUGGUUUCCUCCUGGUUAUGGAGGUGGGCAGGUUGCUCGGCCUGGAGGAGACCAACUUGGCCAGCGCCCGAGACUCUCACCUCCUCCGACUGCUGAACUCCGUGACCAAGCUCUAUACUGCAAAGCAGGCAAUGGCCGUUGUCUCUGAGGGGCUGGAAUGCUUCGGCGGGCAGGGCUACAUGGAGGACACAGGCUUGGCGGGCAUUCUUCGGGACACACAGGUGCUGACCAUCUGGGAGGGAACCACCAACGUCCUUGCCUUAGAUGCCCUGUAUGUCCUGGCCAAGAGCCAAGGACAGGUGAUACAGGCCUUCUCAGCAUCUGUCCAGGAGAAGGUGGCCUCUGCUACCAACCACUCAGAGCUGGCUCCUUCCAUCCAGCGCCUGCAGGAUGCCCUCAGGAGGCUGACUUGCCAGGUGGAGAGACUCCUAGGGCAGGGCAGCCCCUCCAUGGAAAUGGUGGCCAGGACCCUGGCCUAUACACUGGCCAGGAUCUAUAUAGGGGCACUUUUGAUAGAGCAUGCAGCCUGGGCCGAGGCUUCCCCUUCUGACGUCUAUGCUUCACAGAGGUGGUGUGACCAAGACCUCUGUCCCCUAGACACGGCUCAGCGAGCUGGCUGCGAUGGGGCCGAUGCCGUCUGCAGAGACCUAGCUCUGGUCUACGAGGCAAGCCCUGCUUCCAGAGGAAAGGAAGGCGCCCAGGCUCCCUGCUAAGAAAAGACUAACCACGGGUCAGGCCCCUCAACAGAAGGGAAACGAAGUUGACCUGCUGUAAACAUACCAUAUGCUCGAGGACCAGCAUGAAUUAAAUGUGCUGAAUUCCUCGUGUUCAGUAAGA